AUGAGCGAGGAUUCUUUUUCCUCGUUAUUAUCAUCUUUGUCCAAUGAUAGUCUGCCAGAUUUCGACUCGCCUUCAACAGCAACAGAAAGAAAUGAGGUCGAUGAGGAACUUGAACAGCUAGGCGUCAAUCUGGUGGAUCAAACUGAAUUGGAGCAGUCCAUUAUGCAGAAAGUGGAUAAAGCCAUCACUGAAAGAGAUAUUGAAUUGGAUCAAAAACGACUCGAAAAGGCUGAAAAAGAAAUCAAACAGAAUACAGAAAAAGAAAAAGAAAAAUUAUUACCCAAGAUCAACCAUCAAGCAAAGAGAUUACGUGAGGCCACACAAGAUAAAAUAGACAUAUUAGACCGUCUUCAGGAGCGUACAAAGAAGAACCAGACUGUAACCACGACAGAGGAUGCACAUGCGAGGAGACACGAUGAAACACAGAGAGAGUAUCUGAUACGUAUUGGUAAAAUCACACCUUUUGCAGUAGCAAAACACACAGCUUUUACAGGUGCACCUCCCUCGUCAGAAGCAGUAACAGAGGCCAAGGAGACUUCAGCCACGGCGACGGACAUACCCAUGGAAGCCGUUUCGUCUUCCACCACCGGCCGUUAUGACACAGCAGCCACAUCGCAUCCUAUUUUUCCAGGUUCAGGAUAUCGUGCAGAAGCCAUGUCGCAUCAAAAUUUAUAUACUCCUCAUGAUAGAGCGACUGUUAUCCCAAAACCUUUGACAUCAACCGCACAGAAGACGGUCUCGCGAAAGCGGAAAAAAGUGACAGAGGAGGAGGAGGAGGAUGCCGAUUAUGUCGAUGAAGAGGAGGAACUAGAUCAAGAAGAAAUAGCAGCGGAUGCUGAUACGGACAUUGAAGAGGAGGCAUCUCUUUUGGUAGAAGGAAAGCGUAGCAAACGACCUGUGGUACAUAAACUAGAUGAAUCGUAUGAAGACGAUGGUUCCGAAAUAACCUAUAAGAAACGGCUUCAUGAAUGGGUGCAUCAUAGACGGAUCAUUCGCUAUUGUGCUGCACAUCCUGAAGCUGCUCACAUGUCGUUGGAAGAGAUUGAAACAGAACUGGAGAAAAUAGACGAAAAGGAUAAUAUUCCUAUUGAAGAGGAGCCAUUGAGACCUCAUCCCAAUUUCAAAGACAUUGAAUUGGAUCAUCAAUUCAGUGUACCCGGUGAGUUAUGGGAUUGCUUAUUCGACUACCAGAAAACAUGUGUGCAAUGGCUUUAUGAAUUACAUCAACAGCAAGUGGGUGGUAUAUUAGGGGACGAAAUGGGCCUUGGAAAAACAAUCCAGGUGAUUGCUUUCUUAUCCAGUCUUUAUUAUUCGCACCAAUUGGGACCUGGUCUGCCCUCUUUGAUUAUAUGCCCAGCCACCGUCAUGAAACAAUGGGUUCAGGAGUUUCACAAGUGGCGGCCUCCUUUACGAAUAGCUAUUUUACAUGCGAGUGGGACGGGUGUCAAACCAAACUUUACUGCAGCAAGUGAAGAAGAAGAAGAAGAAGAAGAACUACUAGAAGAAGAACGACAAGUAGGCAGCUUAACAGAUGAAGAAGAGGAAGAAGCAAAGUAUACGGUAGACCGCAGAGGCAAAACCUCCCGACGGAAGAAGCCUAUGAAACGAGGCAAUAGCCGAAAAGGCUUAUUUAGGAAUAUCAUGCAGACAAAAGCAGGUCGCAACGCUGCUGCUUUAGUCGAUCGUUACGUGAAAUGCGGUGGCAUUUUAGUCACGACCUACAGCGGUGUGCAAACCUAUCGCGAGAUCCUCCUGAAGCAUCGAUGGGGCUAUGUCGUAUUGGACGAGGGGCACAAGAUCAGAAACCCAGACUCAGAAACCACCUUGGUCAUCAAGCAAUUUAAAACGCCUCAUCGCCUUAUUCUAUCAGGCACUCCUAUUCAAAACAAUUUGAAGGAGCUGUGGUCCUUGUUCGACUUUAUCUUUCCUGGUAGACUGGGCACCUUACCCGUCUUCCAAUCCCAGUUUUCUGUUCCUAUCAGUAUUGGUGGGUAUGCGAACGCAACCAAUGUGCAAGUGCAAACGGCUUACAAAUGUGCCUGUACCCUACGAGAUCUGAUCAACCCUUACUUAUUACGUCGUUUGAAAGUGGACGUCGCCUCCGACCUGCCCAAAAAGAAGGAGCAGGUUUUAUUUUGUAAACUAACUGCGCCUCAACGUCGAGCCUACUUGCAAUUCAUUGGAUCGAAGGAAAUGGAUGCUAUUUUGGAGCGUCGUCGUCAAGUCUUGUACGGUAUCGAUAUCGUCAGAAAAAUCUGUAACCAUCCUGAUCUCAUUGACUUGACCCUGCCUCGCACCGAUCCUGACUAUGGUAACCCAGAACGCAGUGGCAAAAUGGUCGUUGUCAAAGCCCUAUUGAAGAUGUGGGAGAAGCAAAAGCAUCGCGUAUUGCUCUUCUGUCAGACAAGACAAAUGCUCGACAUCAUAGAAAAAAUGGUCACGGACCAUCUGCACUAUCAGUACCUGCGGAUGGAUGGUACAACACAGGUCGGACAGCGUAUCGCACUCGUCAAUGAAUUCAAUGCCAACGAAAGCAUCUUUGUUUUCCUGCUGACAACGAAAGUGGGCGGCCUUGGCCUGAAUUUGACAGGUGCUGAUAGAGUUAUAUUGUUUGAUCCUGACUGGAAUCCUUCGACAGAUAUGCAGGCAAGAGAGAGAGCAUGGCGUUUGGGUCAAAAGAAAGAUGUCACUGUUUAUCGAUUGAUGACAAGCGGAACCAUUGAAGAAAAGAUCUAUCAUCGACAAAUUUACAAGCAGUUCUUGACCAACAAAAUUUUGAAAGAUCCCAAACAAAGAAGAUUUUUUGACGCGAGUAAUUUGCAGUCAUUAUUUACUUUGGGCUCUGAAGAUGCAGUAGGUACCGAGACAGGUGAACUGUUUAAAGGAACAGAAGUCAAGCGGAAAAGACCCAAGAAAAAGAGAAAGAAUGAUGACGAUGAAAGGAAAUUAAAGGCAUUACAAGGCGUGAGCGGUCUUGAACAAUUUCUUGGUGAAAAAAUGGAAGAAGAAGAAAGACAGAAAGAACGUGAACGUCACGAAAAUGCAGAUAGCGAAGAUCAUGUACUCCAAAGUUUGUUUGAUAUGGCAGGUAUUCAAAGCGCUCUACAGCAUGAUCAAAUCGUCGAUGCCAGCAGUCAUGAUCGUGUCUUUGUCGAACGGGAAGCCAAUAUGGUUGCCCAAAAUGCUGUUGCUGCAUUAAAGGAGUCACGUCGUCAACGUCGACAGCUUGACAUUAGUACACCUACAUGGACAGGUCGGUCAGGUUAUGCUGGGGCUCCACGACAGCUUCUUGAGCAGUGCACUGCAACACCUCCUCCGCGAUUCGGACGAAAACCACCCGGUGUUGCUCCUGCCACACCUUCAACGUCUUCUCCAUCGCCCGCCUCAUCGCCAACAGCCAUUACAAACAGUGCUCCUACUUCCCCUUUCGGUUCAGGAAUCCUAUCUGGAUUCAAGCCUUUACAACAAGUGGGUGGUGCAGGAGUAAGGCCUCCUUCUAGUUUGCUGUUGGCAAAAUUACGAGAACGAAAGGGAUUGUAG